AUGACCGUCUUUAAAGGUAUAUCAGCUGAUGUAUACUACGACAAUGUUGCCUUGCCAUUGAUGAUGUCCGUCAUCGACCAACGACUCUCCUUAUUCGCUCGACAACGUUCAACAGGUGAAAUCGUAGGAUGCAUUAUUGCUGCAGACUUCUAUCUAAUAUCUCAUUAUAAUGUGACAACCACAAGUGGUAUCGCUCAUGAAGAUUUGAUUGCCGAUCUCGAUGAGAUGAGCUCUCAUGAUUUCAACUCGGAAGAGCAACUCACUCCUAAUUUAGUGUUACAUUUUCUAUUGCAAGCAACAAAAGUAGGCGAAGAAGGUAAAGGUGUGGCCAGUCGAUUACUACAACUAGCAUGUGAGUACGCUCGUAAGACAAAAGGAUUUAAAUAUGCACAUGCACAAUCAUCGAAUCCGGCUAUGAGACACAUUUAUGAGAAGAUGGGCGGUCGGGUGACAUCACAAAUUGAUCCAACCACUUGGAAGUGGAAAAACGGUGGUAGUGGUAAUGAAUAUCCUUUCAAAGAAUGGAGUGCUGGACCUCUACCGAACAUACGGAUCAAAUUGUGA